AUGUCCUUGGCACAGGGAGCGUCGUUUUCCUUCUCUCUGUCCGUUCUAGUCUUCUGUACGAACUUAAACCCCGUGAGUUUGGGUAGGAUCCUGAUCCCCGGACCUCCGCUGGGCAGCCGGUGGGCCGUGGUGAACAAAGUCGCGGCUGAGCUGGUGAGAGCGGGACACGAGGUCACGAUGCUGGUUACCGAAGGGACGGAGGACAGCAUACGGGACAGGGGGAAGUUUUCCCUGCUGACGACGCGGCAUCCGGACGCGCUACGGUACUACAAGCAGCGUGCGAACAAACGCGUGAGUCUGACGCCGUCUCAGGGAGUACUAAGGUUAGUACCGGAGGACCUGUACUCCGCGCUGUCCUACGUCCUGGAUCACGCGAAGUUGUACGAACUUUUCGCGUCUGAGUGCGAAGCGACUUUCCAACAGGGCGUACUAAACGGCACGGAGUUUGACGUGGUGCUGUCGGAUUUCCUGUCCCCGUGCGCGGUGAUCCUGGCGCGGCACCUGGGGCGGCCCGUGGUGUCGCUAGCCCGCGGCACGCCGGGAGGGUACGACCUGACCGCCGCCGGAGUCCCCAUGCCGCCCGCGUACGUGCCGCAACUCGGACUCACACUCACAGACGACAUGACCUUCCUACAACGUCUGGAGAACGUGCUGGUCCAGUUGGUGACGUCAUCGCUGACCGGAAGUGUGCUGCUCCGUCCGUUUGACCGGCUGGCCCGGGAACAGACCGGAGUGUCCGUGGCCGAGCUGCUGGCCAGCACGGACCUGUGGUUACGUCACACCGACCCGCUGUGCGAGACGCCCCGGCCCGUCAUGCCCAACAUGGUGUACAUCGGGGGGAUCACUGCAGAAAGGCCAAAGCCACUCACACAGGAACUAGAAGAGUCUCUGGCCAAAGUAGCGGGAGAAAACAUCGCGGUGGUGUCGUUCGGCUCCAUGAUAGAUCACUUCGAUGCGGACCUAGCGGAAGUCCUGAGUACUGCACUUGGCCGCUUACCAUACAAAGUCGUUUGGAGAUAUCGAGGUCCAUCUCCGCGUCACCUGGGUAACAACACGGUGCUGUUGCCAUGGUUACCACAGAACGACCUGCUAGGCGACCGGCGUACCCGGCUGUUCGUGACCCAUGGUGGCGCGAGCGGCGUGCAGGAGGCGCAGUACCACGGCGUGCCGAUAGUCGGCGUUCCGCUGUUCCGGGACCAGUUCAGCAACCUUGCGCGGGUGGAGGCCCUCGGUACGGGCCGGGCGGUGCGACUCGGGGAGCUUACAGCAGACAGCUUACACAGAGCGUUACAGGACGUCACUAACAAUCACACGUACAGAGAAAACGCCCGUCGCCUGUCCCGGCUGUACAGGGAUCAACCAGAGACGCCCAUGCAGCGCGCAGUGUGGUGGAUCAGUCACGUGAUCAGACAUGGCGGCCUGCCUCACAUCCGGUCACGAUUCGAAGAAGUCUAA